UCUGGCGCUUGCAGAGAGGGCGCCGGAAGAGGCAUCUCCCAUACAUAAGUGACGCCCCCUCUCUUCAUCCCAUCUCUAUCCCUCAAGAUCUCUCUCACUCUUCUGGCGCCAUGAGGACUUUUGCCCUCCUUGCCCUCCUGGGCACCACCCUCGCUCUUCCCUCGCCUAAAAUCUCCUCGGUCCGUAAACCCAACAGGUUCGGUCGUCCUCCCCAACGUCGGGAUAUCAUUACCAACGACGCCAACACCACCGCCUCCUCCCCCACCACGAGCGCACCCAAGGACAACAUCUGGAACUUUCUCACAAAUGAUGAAGCUGCCGGUAUCGUCGGGUUCUUGCACAACCAGACAGUCCUCAACUUGACUGCUGUCGACGACGCUGGGGACUGGGACAACACCAUCACUGUAGUCGACCUCUUGCCUCCUAACAAGACGGACGCCUUGUCGUAUAUGGACGGCGAUGGUGCCAAGCCGGACCGUUAUGCCUACGCCAGUAUCCUCUUUGGUGCUACCGAGGAGCCUUAUGCGCAGGACUUUGUGGUCGGCCCCCUUCCUGUGUCGAGUGCCACUACCUACUAUCCCUAUACCUACGGUUCUCACUCUGAGGAUGCCAAGAUCAGAGUGUACGAUCUGGACGACAAGACCGACUUUCUGUCAGACAUUGCCAUGUCUAUGAGCGACAUCGUUUCUGACAUUCUCAAUGCUACCAUCGACACUGCCGACGACCUCGCCGAGACCUUUGACAUCUGGGGUAUCGACCCCGUCUGGCACCAGCCCGAUGAGAACGGCAACGACCGUGUCAUCUUCUGGGCUGGCUUCUGGCGUUAUCCCGAGUCCAUUCAGAUGGAGAACAGCACCAUCAACUUUGACGGCGAGACUCUCCUUCCCCAGGGUCUCUACAUCCAAUGCGACAUCACCGGCCGAGAUCAAUCCAAGUGGGGUCUCAUGGGUAUUCUCUACGGCGACGAGUACUACUCUUCAGUGGACGAAUUUAGGACUGCGUGGAAGCAGAGCGACUUUAAAAAGUACGAGCCCAACUACUCUGGCGAUUGGAUCGGCACGGACCAGACCGGCGAGACCAUGCCUCUCGAGUCUCAGGCGCCUCCUCUCAGCGUGCAGCCUGCAGGACAAAGGUUCAAGGUUGACGAGGAGAACCGUUAUGUCGAGUGGAUGGACUUUUCCUUCUACCUCACUUUUACGCGCGACACCGGUAUGAGGCUUUACGACGUCAAAUUCAAGGGGGAGCGUAUUCUCUACGAGUUGGGCUUGCAAGAGGCUAUUGCGCAUUACGCUGGGAAUGACCCAGUGCAGAGCGGUACCUCUUACCUUGAUACAUACUACGGCUUUGGCCCUUAUGCGUUCUCCCAGGUUCCCGGCUUUGACGCGCCUCUCUACGCCUACUGCAUGAACACCAGCUUCCACGCCGCCGAGCUUUCCAAAUCUCACCGAUGCGGUAUCUCCAUCUUUGAAGCCGACCAGAACUACCCCAUGCAGCGUCACUCCAACUCCGCCUACGUGUCAGCCACCAAGAACAUUGCUCUUACUUUGAGGUCUAUCAGCACUGUUGGCAACUACGACUACAGUUUCGACUACGUGUUUUACCUGGACGGUACGAUGGAGACUGUUGUCAGGGCUUCUGGUUAUAUCCAGUCUGCGUUCUACGCCAACAAUACUGAUUACGGAUACCAAAUCCACGACUCUCUCUCUGGCUCUAUGCACGACCACGUCUUGACUUGGAAAGCCGACUUUGACAUUGCUGGUCAAGAAAACACUCUCGUCAAGCACGUCAUCGAGCCCAAGGAUAUCAAGUACAAGUGGAACAACGAGACCCGAUCUACCAUGCACCUCGUCCGAAAGGAGAUUACCAACGAAGACGACGGCAAGAUGAACUGGUCUGCCAAUGCUCAAGAGCAAGUGGUGGUGGUCAACAAGAAUGCGACAAACAAGUACGGAGAGCCCCGAGGGUACAAGAUGAUGCCCAGCCGAGGAGGCGCGGGUAUGCACUUGACCAUCACCAACUCUAGCAACUUGCUCAACUCGCAAGGCUUCGCUACUCACCAGUACUACGUCUGCAAGAGGAAAGACUCUGAACUUCGUGCAUCCAACGCGUGGAACGACUAUGACACUGCCAACCCCAUCGUCGACUUUAGCAAGUUCUUUGACGGCGAGGAUAUCGAGCAAGAAGAUAUCGUGGUCUACUUCAACCUUGGUAUGCACCACGUGCCCCACACCGGUGAUCUCCCCAACACCGUCUUCACCACUGCUACAAGUGGCAUGAUGAUUCUCCCCCACAACUACCUUCUAUCCGACCCCUCUCGUCAGGCUACGCAGCAGAUCCGUAUCGACUACAACGACAACACAACCACUGACGUAUACACCUGGGGACACGAGACUGCGUCCGGGACCGUCAACCUUGACCAGAUCAGCUGGGACCCUUACUCUUACUAUGGUGAUGUGGCUGUUAGAAAGUUCCCUUACGAUCCCCAGAACCCCUUCAACGACACCGAAUCCAUCGUUUGAUGCGUUGACCGAGGGAGACGGAGGUGGUUAUAAGGGUAUAAGUCCAAAAAUAGACACAAAAGGAAAAGCUUCAGGUAUAUUCAGGCAAGAACCAAGGACAUUGGACCUAUAAUGGGAAUGGUGUCUUUCUAGAUAGCAAGAGAUAGCACUAGAG